ACGUGGUUGGUGUUUUUGUGAUUGUGCGGGUUGUUUUGUUCAGCGACUUUGCUGUGAAAGUGGUGCGGAAUGUAUCAUUCACAUAACGUGUCAUGCUUUUAGGCAGAAGCAAUCAUUCGGAUCUUUUCAGUGUCAAUAAGGAGGCCAUGUGCUCAGAUAAGGAAGUGCAUGGCCAGUGGACAAGGUCCACGUCUCCACAUAGCCUGUCAGUUGCAUUUAGCCGAGGACGUCGAGAAUGCGCUGGACAGUUUUGCUUCGAUGGACGGAGCUGUCAUCGUGCUGAAAAUUGUAGCACCCAUUCAGGAACGAUCCAUCCAGAGCAUAGGGAAGCAGUGCCCUCUCGAUAACCUCUGUGCAGGGUACGCCAUGGAAUUGAAACGUAGGCAAUGUCCACUCGAGUCCGUGGCCAGAGUCCCUCGUACAACAGGGUGCACCAGACACUCACCAUGUGCCGGGCACUGGACAACAUUCUGUGGACGUACUGGAGCAGAAUUCAGUAGGAACCAUGAAGUUAGAAGCUUUCAGAAAAGCAUACAGUUUCUACAGUCUGUUGCAACGUGCAGUUUAGCAUGGACUUUAUCUGUUCUGCCUUGGAUGGACAACCAUCGUAGAGUAUUUUUGGAAGAGCGUGCCAAGAUGUUGGAGAGUCAUGCAUGUUUUGUGCCACUGGGACAUGAUGUGGAAUUGAGAGCAUGAUUUGGGCAACACCUUUGUCGUCGGCGCCUCCGUCGUCAACACUGUGUUUCAACGCCGCUGGUGCUGAUGCCAGCAAUAACGUCACUGUUCGUCAGUGCGAGCACCACCAUGACGGUGGUAUCAACCGACACGAACUCAUCGACGGCAACGUCCUCCAUUUGCAGACAUUUCCACACAUCCAUAUCAAGAUGCUGCUGGUUUUCUUCCUCUAGCCGCUAUAUCACAAGCGAAACCAGCUUUCACAAAGCAGUUCCUCACUGUAGCCGUGGUGACCUCGUUCCACGCUCCAUACAACAUCUCUAUCACUGUUUUUACUGUUAUGGCUUUAGACACCUGCUUCUGGUACAUGUCGAAUCCUGGAGACAAGUCGUUUCUGGUAAAAGCCUUAUUAUUAUGCCCUGGUUGAGACCCUUAUUAUGCCCUGGAUUAUUAUGAUUAUUAUGCCCUGGACCAAAUUAUGCCCUGGUUGAGAGUCUGGAGCAGCGACAUGGCAUUCAUUGGAGGGAACAGCAGCCAAACAGACAGUAACGGCGCUGCGAUUUUGUGGGCUGCGCAGUUAUCCAAGAGCAAUAGCACUUGCCUGUGUUGUCUCUGCAUGUCGCGGUCAAAUGCGAUCACCCACUGCUCAAACAGCUGUGAUGCGAGCUGCGUUUUCUUGUUGGCGCUGUACUACUGGACUGGCAGCCUCUGAAUCCCCUUGAAACAUCGCAGAUUCUUUGACUUCCCUAUGAUGACCAACUUCCGUUUGUCGGAACCAUCCAUGUUGGUCGCACAUAACAGUGUCAGAUGGUCCUUGCUUCUCUUCCCACCGUGGCAUGUCUCGCCUUUCAUGGCAGAAACAUAAUGCUUUAUCCUUUGUUACGGCUCAUAACAAAGCGCUGAGUAGCACAGGAUCCAUCUUCACCUGCCAUCUCAACAUACUUCACAGUGACGAAAGACUUAAUAUUUCCUGCUGCCCACAGUAUCACAUUCCGAUCAUGUAACGUUCGUAACUUACUAGGUUCAUCCCAUCUAUUCCGACCAAAUCCUGGGUAUUCCCAUUGUAGUAUCAAACGCUGUCAAACAUGUCAUUUCAUCAGCCCAUGUACAUUUUUCUGUAGCACCUCAAAUUCUUUUACUUUUGAAAUCUGACAGGGGUUGCACUGCAACUCUUUUAACAUAUGUUACUUUUUUAUGUGCACUAAAUGCUGUAUGGAGUAUAUUGGAGAAACCUUGAACACUAUGAGGGAAAGGUUUUACAGCCAUAAAUCCGAUAUUGUUAAUAACCAUACUAUAUCGGUUUCACAAGAGGGACAAAGCGGGGCAGUUGGUACAAGUUCAUAUCGGCUUGCUGCAGCAGUAGAUGCGGACAAAGGAGUUAGAACAUAAAAGGGACAAACCACCUGCAGACUCUCAACUAAGUGAAGUUUAAUCAAAGCAGAAGUACGUCUAGAAGAAACAUUGUACGUCAUCAUAGGGCAUAUCAGACCCAGCAUACGUCAUGAAAUUCGGGGAUUACCACGUGGUAGCCUAGAAAGUGUUGCAGUCAUACUCCUGACCUCGAUUCAGUUAAAUUCUCGUUCCACCAGGGAACGGUUUGAUGAUGAUUGUUUAUAGUUGUUUUGCAGGAAUUGGUCCAGUGUUGAAUUCUUUUGUUUAAUUCUGUGACUGUGUUUUGUUGACUUUUAGGGUAGUGGUUGUGUAUUUAUUUAAAAUGUGUUGGAACCACGGGUCUGUUUUUAUUAUGUUGUUGAGUUUGAUUUGUCCUUUUCUGGUUAGUUUUCUUAUUUUGCAUAUUUCUUGUUUGAAAAUUUUAAAGGUUAUAUAGUUAUGGUCGCUUCCUGUUUCUAUAUUAAGUACUGUCCAAUCUGUAACGUGUUCAUAUAUUUUUUGUGUGGUUACGGUGAUGUCUAUCCAGGAUUGGCCUCUUGGUCCAUGGAAUGUUGGGUUAGAGUGUGGGUUGUUUACAAUAGCUAGAUCGUUCGCUAAAAUGAAGUCUACAAGAUCCUCUCCUCGCUGAUCUGUAUCUAGACCACCACCCCAUAGAGGAUGUUUGGCAUCAAAAUCGCCUCCUAUUAAGACUUCUGUGUUUUUAUUCUUAUAGAUUAAUUGUUGGACAGUCAUUGAUAUCUUUGCUUGGUGAAAGAUAAAGGUUUACAAUAAUUAUAGAACAAUUUUUGUUUUUUAAUUUUAUGGCUAUUAGACUGUCUUGGACCACUAAGGGUAAAAUGUCAUAAAAGUCUGUGUUUAUUAGAGUAGUUACUUUUGGUUUUUCGGUUGUUUGUAAUAUGUAUUUGUUUGGCAAUUGUAGGAUUUUUGUGUCAUGAUAAUAUGGUUCCUGAAUUAAAACAAUGUUCGGA